AUGGCGUCGGUCCUCGUGACGUCGAACGUGCCCGCGCGCCUCGCCGCGCACCGAUCUCGGCGCGGCGGCGACGCCCCCGCGCGCGGCUUCCUCGUGGGGCCCUCGUCGUCGCCGUCGGACGACGCGCGUCGCGCCGCGGCCGUGGUGGGAUCGAUCUGCGCGAUCGACGACCACGACGACGACGACGCGACGGACGCCGCCGCGGCCGGCGACGCGCCGCCGCCGCCGCCGCCGCCGCCGUUCGCGCCGGCGUCCUUCCUCCCCGGCGGACUCGAGAUAUGCGGCGCGUACGCGUCGUGCGCGGACGGCGAAGACGCGCGCGAGGCCGCGGAGGCGCUCCUCCGAUCCCUCGACCGCGACCUCCUCGUCGCGUCGACGUCGACGUCGAGAUCCUCCCCCGCCCCAAGGGGGUUAGUCCUCGCCGUCGCGACGACGGACGACGCGGACGGCGUGGCGUUCUUCCUCGCGGCGGACGACGCGACCGCGGCGAUAGAAGACGUCGUCGUGGAGACCGCGGAGGAGGGCUGGCUCGAGCGCGAGUACGCGACGCUGCGGUGCGCGAUGAAGGUGCCCGUAUUCGGCGGCGAUCGACGCGCGCGCGUCGACGCGCUCGACGCCGCGGAGGAAGAGGCGAGCUCCCCCGGGAUGGUGUUCGCGCUCGACUUGACGGGGGAUGACGGGGAGGGGGACGACGCCGUGGCGGCGGCGCGGGCCGGCGGCGGCGGGGGGGGGAGAGGAGGGAAGAAAGGGAAGAAGGGCAAGGGCGGUCGAGGCGGCGGCGGCGGCGGCGCGACGACCGCGAGACCUCCGGCGACGAUCGUCCUCGGCCUCGGCGGCGACUCGGACGCGGCGUCGAUCGCGUCGUAUCUCUCGGACGUCGCGACGGACGUCACGCCGCUCGUCCGCGGCGGCGCGUCGUCGGCGUCGGCGUCGCCUCCGCCGGCGCCGACGUUGACGUUUUCCGGACGCGCCUCCGGCGGCGGCGGCGACGCGGCGACGCCGCGCGCGGAGUACUUCGCGCGCGUCGACGCGCUCGCGUACGUCCCCCGCGCCCGCGCGGACGGCGCGCUCGCGUCCACGGCGCUCCGCGCGUCGCUCGCGACGCGCCUCCGCGCGAUGAAACGCCUCUCCGACGCGAUCGGCGCGCCGAACGUCUCCCGCGGCGUCGGAUCCGUCGCCUCCGAGACGGAGCCGCGGUCGCUGCACUUCCUCCCCCCCGGGCUCGAACACUACGUCACCGUGGAGUACCCCCUCCCCAAAGGCGACGCGCUGCGGACGAGCGCGACGGCGGAUCCGGACGAGGACCUGGAGAGGACGCGCGCGAAGGUGCACGAGGCGUUGGGCCUGUCGCUCGACCGACCGCGCGUGCGCGUCGCGAACGCGUUGGGCCGCCGCGUCGAAUCGAUCGCCGGCGCGAAAGGGCCCUUCAAGCUGCGCACCGUUCACGCGGACGCGCGCGUGCCUCUGCCUCCCUCGCACGUCGUCGGCGGGACCCAGCACUUAGUCCAGGGCGGGUACGACUACCACCACUACAUGCAGGACGGUUUCGACGACAGCGGCUGGGGGUGCGCGUACCGGUCGUGUCAGACGCUGUGUUCGUGGUUUCGCGUCAACGCGUACACGACGGCGCCCGUGCCGACGCAUCACGAGAUGCAGUCCACGCUGUGCAGGAUCGGCGAUAAGCCGUCGAGCUUCGUCGGGAGCGCGCAGUGGAUCGGCGCGAUCGAGCUGUCGUACGUCCUGGACGAGCACCUGGGCGUGUCGUGCAAGAUCAUGACCGUGAGCGACGGGCUCGACUUGCCGUCGAGAGGUCGCGAGCUCGCGCGGCACUUCGACGCGGUCGGGACGCCGAUCAUGAUGGGCGGCGGGCAGCUCGCGUACACGCUCCUCGGCGUGGACUACAACGAGCGCACGGGAGAUUGCGCGUUCUUGAUCCUGGACCCGCACUACGUGGGCGGGGAGAACGCGGCGGCGAUCAUCCCGCGGUGGUGCGGGUGGAAGAAGUGCGAGGACGUCUUCGCGAGGGCGUUUUAUAACCUUCUCAUGCCGCAACGACCGGCGGGGUUGUGA